AUGCCCGACCUGACCAGAACACCGAGCCACCAACAAUACCAACAACAACCAGUUCCGGCGUCUCUGCCGUCCUCGAUAUCCACAAUGGCGUACUACCAGAAUACCCGACCGCUGUCCGACAGCUUCUACGUUGCCCCGACCGGCGGGCUCCCCAUGACGUACGACCCGUACGCUGUCAAUGCCGUGCCCCCGCUGCAGAUCCCAACGUCCAUGGGCGGUCCAGUAGGAGGACCCGUCCCUCCCGUUCAACACCGCGCUUCGUCAGGUGCGUGGAACCCUGAGGAAGACGCGAAGCUGUUGCAGCUUCGCGCGAUGGGCAAGAACUGGAACCAGAUCCAGCGGGAGGCCUUCCCAAACAAGACUGGCAAUGCAUGCCGUAAAAGGCACGAACGGUUGAUGGAGCGCCGGGGGCAGAACGACUUUGACGCGAGGCGCUUCGAGCGGGUCUGCAAGGAGUACAUGAGCAUGCGCAAGGAGAUCUGGCAACCGCUCGCCUCCCGGUGUGGCGAGAAGUGGCAGGUUGUUGAGCAUCAACUCAUGUCCAACGGCCUAAAAAACAUCUUUUCUGGAGCGCGCGCCUACUCUCGCCGCGGCCGCAACGAAGCCAACGGCCAACCCCUUCCCCCAGGCGCAUCCUUCUACGGCGACGACGAUGACCCGACCGGCGCCGGCGCCCUCGACGUAAUGACCCCGAUUGAUGACAUGGAUGUCCCCGAUGACCACGGCGACGCCGCAACGCCGUACUCUUCCUCUCCCGACGCAGGCCCGCAUUCUACGCCAGGCGCGGCAAGCACCGCUAGCUCGUCGGCGUCGGCAUACGCGGCUGCUGCUUACCAGCAGGGACAUCAUGGCCAAGGCGGGUAUGGGGGGUACGCGCCGCCUCCGCCGCCUCUACAUUCGUCGGCUGCUGCGGGAGGGUAUGGACAUCACGCAAGCGGCACAACACAACAUCAUGGUGCGCAUCAUGGGUAUAGUAGUAGUGUGAGCAGCACGGGGAGCAACACGGUUACUGAGAGCCAUCACCGUGGACAUCAUGGGCAUCACUACUCUCAUUCUCACGGCGGGGCUGUGGGAGGUAGUGGGAGCGGAAAUGGGAAUGGGAGUCAUUCGUCGUUGGGGAUGGGGAUCGCGUCGAUUAUGAAUCAUAAUCAUGGGCAGGGGACGGCUUAG